CCUCUGAUUGGCCAACCUGGUUCCUGCCUGUUGUGCCUGGGCUGGCCAAUCCUGGGGAGGGAGGCUGGUCCCUGGGGUUUGAAUCUGAUUGGGCGAUGGGAGAUUUUGGGAAGGGGCUUAAGGCAGGCAGGCAAGGGCCCUUUGCUGGAGCUGGGAAGGGGGAAGAGGGAAAGGCAAGGAAGGAAGGAGGGAAGGGAAGAAGGAGGGAGCCAGGCAAGGGGCCGGCCUGGAAUUGAUUAAGUUGGGAGGAGAAAGAGGAGAAGGAGGCUGGGCGAAGCUGCAACUCAGCCUGGGGGCCCUCCUUUGAAACUGACUAAUUGGGGAGGGAGGACACAAAGGGAAGAGAGAGGCGCUGGGAGAGCAGCGCAGCGAGGAAGAGGUCCUGCUGGGUGAGUGGAGCCCUCUUCCCCCCUCCUCCAACAAGAGCCUGAAAACAGAGAGAGAGAAAAGUUUGGAAACUUGUGCCAGGAGCAAAGUCCUAGUGACAGAUCCCAGCUCACCCUGGGAGGAGGCGAUCGGGUGUCCCUAAGAGCAAGGAAGGAGGGAGACACAGCCAUCACCAGCACCACCAUCCAGCACCAUGCGCCUUGCUGAUGCCUCCUUGGCCAGCUGCCCACUGCUCCUUCCUCUGCUCCUCCUGGGAUCCUCCUGCUGGGCCCAGUUCCACGGGGAAAAGGGCAUCUCCAUCCCGGACCACGGCUUCUGCCAGCCCAUCUCCAUCCCGCUCUGCACCGACAUUGCCUACAACCAGACCAUCAUGCCCAACCUGCUGGGCCACACCAGCCAAGAGGACGCCGGCUUGGAGGUCCACCAGUUCUACCCGCUGGUCAAGGUCCAGUGCUCUCCGGAGCUCAAGUUCUUCCUCUGCUCCAUGUACGCCCCAGUCUGCACCGUCCUGGAGCAGGCCAUCCCGCCGUGCCGGUCCAUCUGCGAGAGGGCCCGCCAAGGCUGCGAGGCCCUCAUGAACAAGUUUGGCUUCCAGUGGCCCGAACGGCUCCGCUGCGAGAACUUUCCCCGCCAUGGGGCCGACCAGAUUUGUGUGGGGCAAAACCACUCCGAAGAAGGGGGCUCGCCUGCGCUCAUCACUAGUGCCACUCCCAUUGCUGGGCAAGGAACUGUAGGCCCACCGCGUUACGCCACUCUUGACCAUCCUUUCCACUGUCCACGGGUCCUCAAGGUGCCCAGCUACCUCAACUACAAGUUCCUGGGAGAGAAAGACUGUGCGGCGCCUUGUGAGCCCACCAAGAGUGAUGGCCACAUGUUCUUCAACCAGGAGGAGAUCCGCUUUGCUCGCAUCUGGAUCCUCAUCUGGUCUGUCCUGUGCUGUGCCUCCACCUUCUUCACCGUCACCACCUACCUGGUGGAUAUGCAACGCUUCCGCUACCCAGAGCGGCCCAUCAUCUUCCUCUCAGGCUGCUACACCAUGGUCUCUGUGGCCUACAUUGCUGGAUUUGUCCUGGAGGAGCGGGUGGUGUGCAACGAACGCUUCCAAGACGAUGGCUACCGGACCGUGGUGCAAGGCACCAAAAAGGAAGGCUGCACCAUCCUCUUCAUGAUGCUGUACUUCUUUAGUAUGGCCAGCUCCAUCUGGUGGGUCAUCUUGUCCCUCACCUGGUUCCUUGCUGCUGGCAUGAAGUGGGGCCACGAAGCCAUCGAGGCCAACUCUCAGUACUUCCAUUUGGCAGCCUGGGCCGUGCCAGCGGUCAAGACCAUCACCAUCCUGGCCAUGGGACAGAUUGAUGGCGACCUUCUCAGUGGUGUCUGCUUUGUGGGCCUCAACAACAUAGACCCACUUCGGGGCUUUGUUUUGGCCCCACUCUUUGUCUACCUCUUCAUUGGCACGUCCUUUCUAUUGGCGGGCUUCGUGUCCCUUUUCCGCAUCCGCACCAUCAUGAAACACGGCGGCACCAAGACGGAGAAGUUGGAGCGCCUCAUGGUGCGCAUUGGGGUCUUCAGUGUCCUGUACACGGUCCCAGCCACCAUUGUCAUUGCCUGCUAUUUCUACGAACAGGCCUUCCGUGAGCAUUGGGAGCGGAGCUGGAUUAGCCAGAACUGCAAGAGUUUGGCCAUUCCCUGCCCGCUUCAGUACACCCCGCGCAUGACCCCGGACUUUACUGUCUACAUGAUCAAGUAUCUCAUGACUCUCAUUGUGGGCAUCACCUCAGGCUUCUGGAUCUGGUCAGGAAAAACCCUUCACUCCUGGAGGAAAUUCUAUACCAGGCUAACUAACAGCAAACAUGGAGAGACUACCGUUUGAAAAGAGAGUGGAGGGACUGGAGAGCUCAGGUUAGCCAGCUCAAAAAAGUUUCAGACAAACAGACAAAAACAACAACAGAAAACCAAGAGGUGCUUCAUUUCAGGAGCUGCAUGUGGGGCUGUUUGUUCUUUAGGGGAGUCUCUCUGGCAUUUGGGGGGUGGGGGUCCUGUGUUUUCAGGGCUGAGACUUCCUCUGACAAUCAGAGAGAAACCACAGAGGAACAGGAGGAAAAGAACAAGGGAGAGGGACCGAAGUAUUUAAAACCGUCUCCUUUAAUUAAAACACAAUCUAAACCUUUUUUUUUUUUGCUUUAGGUUUUUAUUAACUAUUAAAGGGUGUCAUUUUGUAAUUAAAAUUGUAAAUAGCAUUUGUAAAUUUAAUUAUAUAUUUCUAUUUAAAAAAAAAAAAGAGAGAGAGAAAACACCAGCAAGGAUGCAGAAAAUAUUCAGAGGUUCGGAGAAAGGAAAGUGUUUCUUUCCCCUCUCCCCCUCCUUCUUUGGGUACUAAAUUUUUUCCCUUUGACUCUGCCAUACCCUCCCCUCCGUAUGGAGCCAAGAGGACUGCGUGCUGUUUGGGUUGGCCCUUAAUAGGACUUUUUUGGCUUAAACUUUUCAUAAGAGCCAGGUUUGGAAUCCCUCACCCCCGCCCGCCCUGCAAAAACACAUCUCCAACAACUCCCCUUUGGAGACUACAGUUUUUGGUACGAAUCCAAAAAAAGACUUCUCCCAUCUCUCUCAUUUUUUCCUCUCCACUUUGAAAGGUUUGCAAGUAAUGUUCUGUAUCUAUGAAAAUAACGUUUGGAAGUGAGGGGGAUGUGAGCCUACUCCUCUUUGCUGAAAUUUGGGCUCUGGCCUGGCUGUGAGGAUCUCCUUAUGGUUAUUUCUAGUAAAGAAUUGUUACCUCCAACAAAGGUUUUUAUUGCCUUAAAGCUGCAGAAUUCUUUUUUUUUCUGUUGCAUUUGUACAUUUCUAUUUUGUUUCCUAGAUGUUUUGUACAAAAGGUGUCUUUUUAAAAACUACAUUUCCUUUAUUAAACAGACUUGUUCUUUGCAUA